UUUAAGGUCUUUUCAUACAUAAAAUAAACGUUUGCUUUCGGAUGGUGCGUAAUGAUGUGUUGCUGAUCUUCGAAAAACACCAGAAACACAUGGCAUUGGCAAAAAAGGGCUGCUCGUCGCUUUCCGUCUUUUCCACCGCUGAUUCCUUAUGAGUAAUUUUAAAAGAAGGCAAUAUAAAUUGUAUCUCCUCCGUAGCUUCGGGAACUGACAACGGUGAGCCAUGACUUUGAGCUCAGAGAUGUCCGAUGCGUCCAUCCUUUCGGAAGAAACUGACAUCGACGUGGUCGGCGAGGGAGAGGAUGGGGACAGCCAGACGCGGUCAUAUGUAGACGAGGUGGCCCAGAUGCAUGACGAUAUCCUCUUGGCUGGGUCCCCGCAGUGCGUGGAUAGCUCUUCGUCCCGGGAUUCUUACAAACCAGCAAGCAAAAACACCUUAGUAAAACCCCCUUAUUCCUACAUAGCCUUAAUUACUAUGGCCAUCCUCCAAAGCCCAAAAAAGAGACUCACGCUGAGUGAGAUCUGCGAUUUUAUCAGCAACCGCUUCCCUUAUUACAGGGAGAAGUUCCCGGCUUGGCAGAACUCCAUCAGACACAACUUGUCUUUGAACGACUGCUUCGUUAAGAUACCAAGGGAGCCCGGGAACCCUGGUAAGGGCAACUACUGGACCUUAGACCCGGAAUCUGCAGAUAUGUUCGACAACGGCAGCUUUCUGAGGAGACGGAAACGCUUCAAACGACAGCAGACACCGGACCUGCUGCGGGAUCACAGCGGGUUUAUUCCCGCUUCGGCAUAUGGCUAUGGACCCUACGGGUGCGGAUAUGGGAUUCAGCUGCAGUCCUACCACACACAUUCAGCGCUUUUCGCGUUUCAGCAGCAACAGUCCAGGCACUCGCAUACGGGAACCAUUAUCCCCGCACCUUCCUUAAUGCCCACAACAACUGACCUGGCUAGAACCCGUUUUUACCCUCAGCUCAGUCCCAACUUGCCCUCAUCGAUACAGACUCCUACCAAGUCGAGCUCCCCGGCGCAGCGUUCCCCGUUUUCGAUAGAGAGUAUCAUUGGGGGAUCCUUGAGUUCUGCGAACUGUUCCUCGCGGACUUCUCCAGUCGUACCAAUGUUACCCUCGUCUCUCACUCCUCAGUCGCCUUCACUACCGCCGAGCAUACACCAAGGAACUGCCAUACACACUGUCGAGAACUUUCCUAACAGGAUUGCCAACGGUACUAGUGGCUGUUAGUUGCGUAAAAAUAAAACACAAACGCUCCUCACUGAAGGUAGGAUUAUUUUUGUAUGUUUUUGUUACAAGCAGCUGAAUGAUGGACAUUAACACUAUUCGUGCCUAUAUUCAUGCUGUGAAAUAUAUAAGAAUAUAUUUAUGUAUACAUUUUAGUGUGAAUCUAAU